CACCAUUCACACCUUUCCCCUGUUGUCUUUUAAAAAAAAUAAAAAACAAAAAAACCUUAUUUUAUAUUUUAACCAGUUUUAUUUUUCUUCUUCUCAUUUUAAACUUUCAAAUUAUUCCGAAAGCUUCUCUUUUUCUCUCCGGCAUCUUCUUACUCCUCUGCUCCUCUCAGUAAUCGUUUGAUUUCUUCUUAGAUUUUUGUUUCGGUUCCCUGUAAUCCUAAAGAAUCACUUGCAUUUUCCUUCCUUCUUUCUCUGAUUUUCUAAAAGCAUCGUCUCUUCGUGUUUCUUCUUCCCGUGUUAAUGUUUUCCUCGGAGAAUUCUCCCUCUGAUUUCGAUUGAGCGAAAAAAAAAAAUGAACAUAUUUCGAUUCGCAGAGCCUAACUCCCGAGAUCGAUUAGCUUCGAAAGUGCACACAUCUCCUCGCCAAGGAAAGAAACAGAGUCAGAAACUCAAGUCUCCAAAGUCAUCUUCUGAGUUUAGUUCUUGCCAUUGUGAAUCUCUAAGUGAAAACAAGUUGCAGCUAGAUUCUGGUCAUCAAGGCACUGGAUUACCAAUGAAGAGUUUGUUAGCACAAGAAAAGUCAAAGCAGAAAGAAUCUAAAAAGAGAUCACCAAGCAUUAUAGCCAGAUUGAUGGGUCUUGAUGUCUUGCCAUCGCUUCAGAGUUCUUCUUCUCACAGACAACCCAAGUCUGUGGAGAAUCAGAAGCAAGGUAGGAGUGGUGGUGAAGGCACUUCUUAUAAAUCACCAACAAGGAGCUCAAAGAGUGGUGAGCAAAAGUUCAAAGAUGUUUUCGAAGUUUUGGAUGCUAAGAAGGCAGCGAGCAAUAGAAACUUGUAUCAUCAUCAUCAGGCUGCUAAUCUCACCCAGGCAGAGUUGGCUUUUAUAAGGCAGAAGUUCAUGGAGGCUAAGAGGUUAUCAACUGAUGAGAAACUUCGUCAUUCUAAAGAGUUCAACGAUGCGCUUGAGGCUCUAGACUCUAACAAAGACCUUUUAAUAAAGUUUCUUCAGCAACCAGAUUCGCUAUUCACUAAACAUCUGCAUGAUCUUCAAACCACACCUCACAAGAAGUCUCCAAACAGCCAGAGGCAUGUGGAUAGUCUAAAAACUCAGAAAGCUGAUAAGGACUUGUUAUGGAAGAGUCCUCAUCGGCAUGGUGGUGGUGGUGGUUGUCAUAGCCAUUCUCAUACCAGGCAUGCUUCUUAUGACACACAUGAUUUACAGCCAACCAAUAUUGUUGUUCUGAAACCUAGCCUCGGUGAGCCACGUUAUGCUAGUAGAGCCUUUGCAUCGCCAAGCUCUUCUUCCGAUGAGUUCAGAGCAGAUCGUAGGCUUCUUCCAUGCACCAGCAGGAGGCAGAAGAGUAAUGAAGAUAUCCGCCUUUCAAGACAUAGUUCUAGAGAUUCCGGAGAGUUUUCCAAAAUAAUGUCAAGGCAAAGGAAGGCGAGCCGUGGUAAUGGUGGUAGUAGUAGUAGUGCCAUGAGGUUCGAGGCUCCCGGAUUCAGAGGAUACGCAGGUGAUGAAAGCUCAUCAGGGAGUGAUUCCGCAAGUGAGUCAGAGCUAGUGCCAGUAACUUCAAGAACAAGAACCGCCUUUAACCGUAAGAACUACCAGAGAUCUUUGCCGUCCAAGUCAACAACAACAUCAUCUGUGACCAGGGAAGCCAAGAGGAGACUCUCAGAGAGAUGGAAGCUGACACACAAGUACGAGGAAGAGAUAGAAAUUCGUAGAAGCGGGACAUUAGCUGAAAUGCUUGCAAGUUCAGAUAGGGAGGCAAGACCAGCAAGUUUUAAUGGACUCGUUUUCGAAGAGGGGAUUAUUAGUAAAAGAGUUGAGUGGACUGAAUCGCCAGAACCGGUCGGAAUCAGCAGUAGAGAUGGUUGGAAAGGAAGUUUCUCAAAAUCCAAAACUAUCAUGAACCAGGAAAGCACCUAUGGUUACACGAUAGUGCUUCCUAAGGAGUUGAACUAUCGAGAUGGAUUAGUGAAGGGAAGCUCUUCUCAGUCUUACUUGGCAAGCAAGUCUUCAAGACUUGGUAGUUAUAAAUCUCAUUCAUCAUACAAUAGUUCACCAGAGGUCAACAUGAGCCCAAGUUUAACCAAGUUCCUUUAUCAAAAAGAGAAGCUCUCUCAUUCUAAAGCACGUUACAGUUUCUCAGUAGAUGCAAAUUCAGACAGUGAGGAUAGUUCGGCUUCUGAUGAUAUGAAGACGGCAAUGUCUUCUGAAGCUCCGGAUUUGUCAACUGUCACCUCGUUAACUGACCCUGAUAUCUCAAGGAUGCCAACUGAGAAUGUAAAACAUUCUUCGGUUCCUGAACCACAGUCUCUUGAAAGCUCAAAGGAAGGAGAUCAACCAAGUCCGGUUUCAGUUCUAGAAGCUUCUUUUGAUGAUGAUGUUUCAUCGAGUUCUGAAUGUUUCGAGAGUGUUAGCGCCGAUCUCCAAGGACUCAGGAAGCAACUACAGCUCCUCAAACUAGAGACAGCUGCUUACAAUGAAGGUGGCAUGCUCGUUUCAAGUGAUGAAGACGACACAGAUCAGGAAGAGUCAUCAACCAUAACUGAUGAGGUUAAAGAAGAAGACUGGAAGUCACUAUACUUAGUUGACUUCUUAGCAAGCUCUAGAUUCAGUGACUCAGACCACACCUCCACUGUCAUGGAAAUGACACCUGUAGAUCCAUCCUUGUUUGAGGAUCUUGAGAAGAAGUACUCCAGCGUGAAAACCUCAACCCGGUUGGAAAGAAAGUUGCUUUUUGAUCAGAUCAGUAGAGAGCUUGUGCAGAUAUUGAAGCAGUUUUCGGAUCCACAUCCUUGGGUUAAACCUACAAGGGUCUGCCCGAAAUGGGAUACAAACAUGAUACAGGAGAGACUGCGCGAUUUGGUGACAAGAAAACACGAUAAACCAAGCAAAGAUGAUGCGGAGGAGAAGGAGUUGCAGUGGCUAAGCUUGGGAGAUGACAUUGAAAUCAUAGGUAGAGAGAUUGAGGAAAUGCUGACAGAUGAACUCAUAGCUGAGCUUGUAGUAGAUGCAAUCUUCUAGAAAGUUAAAUAAUAUUAUCUAUUACAUACUUUUGAAGAAUAAAACAGGAAAAAAAAGCAA